UGUAAGUAUCGUCUCAAGCGUCCGAUUUUGAGCGCAAGGUCCGGAUUGCUUACCAUGGAAGCGAACGCGAGUAGAAGCGAAGGGGCCAAGGCCCAAGGGGGCCAAGAGCGCAAGGUCCGGAUCAGCUGAAGGGCAGUCUCGUUUUUUCAUGCUUGUCCACUCUCCAGUCUCCACGGUGCCAGUACACAGCACUUCGCCUCCAUACAGCACUUGAGCACUGGCAUCCUGCUCUGCCAGAGAGAACUCAGACGCGCCCGGUGUCCUCUGCAGCUCUGCCACCCCCAAGAAAGCGAGGACGACGGCUCGCCCUCGCGCGGCGCCUUCAUCAUGCUCCCGCCGUUCGGCAACCCGCUCUGGGUACCGGAGGACAUGGACGACCAGCAGCAGCACGCGCCUCCGCCGACGCCCAUGGAGUUGCUGACGGUGCCGGCGCAGGGGCACGAGGAGCAGAACCUCCUAGCCCUGGCCUCGGCCGCCGCCGUUGCCGGGGCCGGAUGUGUUUUCAGCUCACCGGCGAUGCUCGAUGACGACUGGUACUUCGACCCCGUGGCUGCGGCCGCCGCCACCGGCGCGCAGGGGCACCUGCUCCUGGCGCCGCCGGGGCCGGUGCCCGGCCCCGGCGCCGGCUCGCAGAUGUUCUCCCUCUUCAACGUUGGCGGCGCCGCGACGUUCGACGUCCAUGGGUUCGACAUUGGCCUCGGCACGCUCGGCGGCGGGUCCGGUGGCGACCUGGUCCCGUUGGCGGGUGCAGGGAACACAUCGAAUUCCGCGUCCUUUUCCAUGUCCCUGAACGCCGGCCUCCUCGCCUCCUCGUUCGGCGGCUUUGGCACAGCGCCGGCGCAAAUGCCGGACUUCGGCGGCCUGGGCGGGUUCGACAUGUUCAACAACGGCGCCGGCUCCUCCUCCGCGGCGCCCCCUCCUGCCUCGGCGUCCCUUACGGUGCCGUUCUCCGGGCGCGGGAAGCCCGCCGUGCUCCGCCCGCUGGAGACCUUCCCGCCCGUGGGCGCGCAGCCGACGCUGUUCCAGAAGCGCGCGCUGCGCCGCAACGGCGGCGGGGAGGACUACGACAAGAAGCGCAAGGCGGAGGCCACCGCCGCGGCUGCGGGAGCUUCGUCGGCCUGUGGCGGUGACGACGCUGAGGACGAUGACGGCGGGAGCAUCGACGCGUCCGGGCUCAACUACGACUCGGAGGACGCCUGCAGGGGCGUCGAGGAUAGUGGAAAGAAGGACGGCAAGGGUUCCAACGCCAACAGCGCGGGCGACGGGAAAGGUAAGAGGAAGAGGUUGCCGGCCAAGAACCUCAUGGCGGAGCGCCGUCGCCGGAAGAAGCUUAAUGACCGGCUCUACAUGCUCCGAUCCGUCGUGCCCAAGAUCAGCAAGAUGGACAGGGCCUCCAUUCUCGGCGACGCGAUCGAGUACCUGAAGGAGCUGCUGCGGAAGAUCGAGGAGCUCCAGAACGAGGUGGAGUCAUCAGCAUCCCCAGCUUCCACGGCCUCGCUGCCUCCGACGCCCACGAGCUUCCGCCCUCUGACUCCCACGCUGCCCGCCCUACCAUCUCGCGUGAAGGAAGAGCUGUGCCCGAGCGCGUUGCCUAGCCCUACUUCCAAGCAACCAAGGGUUGAGGUGAGGACGACGAGGGAAGGGCGGGAGGUGAACAUCCACAUGCUCUGCGCUCGCAGGCCUGGGCUUCUGCUCGCUACCAUGAGGGCAAUCGAAGGGCUCGGGCUCGACGUCCAGCAAGCUGUUGCCAGUUGCUUCAACGGGUUUUCCUUGGACAUCUUCAAGGCUGAGCUGUGCAAGGACGGCCCAGCGCUCCUCCUCCUGCCAGAAGAAGAGAUCAAGUCCGUCCUCCUGCAGUCUGCCGGGCUCCAUGGCGUGGCGCCGUGACGCCGGACGGCAGGACUGCGUGCUCACCCAGCCGCCAAAGAAGAAAAUAAAAAGGGAACGAUGUAGCUUCUGUCAGAUCUGUCCCUUCUCCCUGUCCUGUAUACAUUGGAUGGCUCUUUCUGUUUGCCGUGGUGGCUGGCUCUGCCCGGCCAAAACAGUCGCGUGGUUGUGGUUCGCUGCAGCCGAGAGAACUGUUCCCUUUCUCUC